AUGACCCACAAAAAAGUUAUAUUAUUUUGGAUGGCCGCUGUUUUAAUUAAUAGAAUUGAGGCUUUGAAAGAACAUUGCAACAAACAAGAGGAUUUACUCCAGAGGUGUUCGAUGGCGCUGCCGGUACUUAGCUCCCCGGAAAUAUCCUUCGCUCUCACAAGAGAAGAACUGGACAAAAGUUGCAUAGAACUUCGAGCGGGAAUCAAAUGUAUAGACAACUACACAGAAGUUUGUAUGGAGAAGAGCGAACAAGUCCUGUUUAGGCGGAUGUACGCCGGGAUAACUGAUGUGGUCCAAGAGCUUUGUACACGCGGCACAUAUCAGGAUGAGUACCUGAGACAUGCUGAUUGCGUGAAGAAGGUUCGACCGGAGUAUGAAACGUGUAGCAAGAACUAUGAGGUGACUUUGACGUCACUCGGCAACCACCCGGAGAGGGACCAAUAUGAGACAGAUAGUGGAAGCCACGAGGACCUGCGAACUAUGUGCUGUUCGUUCCAAGAAUACCUCCAGUGUUCCGAGCGGACGGUUCAGAGGUCGUGUGGAGACGAUGCUGCCUUGUUCACCAGCGCAUUCCUCAAGAGAAUGGCAUCUAAUAUCAUAAAGAGCUUCUGUCUGGAAUAUCGCGGGCAAGAGUGCGGUCUAACGGACAGCGGAACGUCAAACCAGCUCAGCCUAGUUCUACUCAGUGUAACAAUGAUAUUUCCCUUCGUGUCGGCGCUUGUGCCUGCGUAA